AUGUUGGAAAUAUCCAAUAUUUCUUCCGAUUUGAAUGACUCAUUUGUUUUUUUUUCCUUUCUUACAUCUCAGUCGCAAUUUCAUCGACUCGAAUUUCGAAUGGAUCAAAUCAAACGUCAACGAUGUGAUAGUUUCAACGACAAUAAAAGACAGAAAACCGAUGAUUGUUGUGUUACACGAUUUGAAGAUCUCGCUAACGAAAUUAUCUAUGAAAUCUUUGAUUAUCUUGAUUCUUAUCAUGUUCACAAAGCAUUUUUCCGUCUCAAUUAUCGAUUUCAAUCUUUUCUCAUAGAAUCAAAUCUUCCAUUGAGAAUCAAUAUUCCUCUUAUGUCUCCAUCAACAUUUCAUCGUUACAAUGAUGAUAUUAUUCAACCCAACAUUCAACAAAUUCAUUCCAUUCACGUUUCACAUUAUUUUAUGUAUGAUGAACAAACACUUCCAUUAACACAAAUGACAUUUCUUCGAUCACUUGUCAUCGAAAAAAUUGAAUCUAGAUGUUUACAAAAUCUGGCCAAUCAAUUAAUUUUGUUAUCACAUUUAUCUUCAUUGAGUAUUAUGACUAUUGAUACAGUUAAAGAUAAAAUUGGUAUUUAUGAACAAAUCUUUCGUUUACCUUCAUUACGUUAUUGCAAAUUAUCAUUGGAAAAUCCAAGAUAUCAAUCAUAUGAUGUACCAUCGAUUCACCUAAACGAACAAAGUUCGAUCGAACAUUUAGUUAUUGAUCAUCAAAUCAAAUAUAUCCAGCUCAAUAGUUUUCUUCCAUAUGUCCCUCGACUACGUCAUCUUUCUUUACACUUAUCAUCAGAUUAUGAAUAUUCACUAAUCAAUGUACCAUGUCAUGUUCUGAACAAUUUAACACAUCUAUCUCUGAAGUCAACUUACAAACUGAGAUUCGAGACAUUGGAACGUAUUCUUAUCAAUCAUUUUUCUCUUGUUGAGGUUUUACGUCUCUCUGUAUCACUAACGACUUUAGAUGCGAACAAAUGGAAACAAUUGAUAUCGACACAUCUAUCAAAAUUACGUAUUUUUGAUGUCAGGUUUAUAUUUUAUUCAUAUGAUAAUGCAGAAAAUGUAGCGUAUGAAGAGCAAGUUACUCAAUUUCAAUCAUCAUUUUGGAUUGAACGUCAAUGGUUUUUUCAUUCUGAAAUAAUUCGAUUUCGAUACCCAGAGCAAAAACUUUUCUUUUCAGUGAAUGCAUAUCGGAAAAAAGAUUAUAGAGUAUAUAAACAAUCCAAUGAAGAAAGUUUCACAGGUGAAAUUCGAACAAUGUUCUACUCAGUUGACCAUGUUGAAAUUGGAGAUGAAAGAGCAAUCAAUCAGUGUAUGUCUUACUUUCCAAAUGCAAAUAAACUUACUUUAGAAGAUCGAUUUUCAAAUGCUGGUUAUUUGCCAUCUUCGAUCGGUAUCAAUCGUAUUUUAUCUUUACAACGAAUAAAAACUUUAGUGAUCAAAUGUCAUCAUUUUUCUCUUAUAAAAAUGAUUGAUUUAUUAUCAUGUAUUCCUAAUCUUCAAAUAUUGGCAUUUAAAACAAUGCCUCUUUACAAAGAAGGAAGAAAAUCCAUUGAACAAAACGACAAAUUUCGAUUAUUAUCAGAGACAAAUUCCAUCACGAGCAUCAGUUUUGAAGAACGAUCUACGCCAAACAAAACCGAAUUACUUAUAAAAUUAUUUCCUCGUAUUCAGUAUCUUGAAAUGAAUACAUAUAUGAAAGAUAUGGAAGCUAUAUUACAACUUUUAGUAAAGCAAAAUACUCCUGAUCUACUAUUAACAUGUUUUACAUAUGCAAGUGAAGUGUAUUUUCGACAUCUGACUGGCUUAAUUGAUUCUAAAGUAUUAUCUACUGAUUACAAAGUAACACAUGCCGGAAGAAAAUUAUACUUAUGGUAA